CUUUCUUGUUCUUUCUUUUUCUCCAAAAUCCGCAACAAAGCAUUAAAGGUUCUUCACACUCGCAAACCCCCACCACUGCAGCCACAUCGAGAAAAUUCUUCGGUUUCAUCUGUUCUACAAUCUUCUGUGAGAAAAUGAGUGAUGCCUCUAGGGUUUUCAGAGAAGUGAUGAAUUUGAGAAAAGAUCAAAGCAUCGUAGGCAUGAGUUUGCUGCCGGACGAGAAGAACAUUCGCCACCUCACCGCAAUCAUCCCCGGCCCUGUCUCCUCCCCUUACGAGGGAGGAAUGUUCCAUGUCAACAUUACUUUGCCCGAUGGCUAUCCCUUUGCACCUCCUGUAAUGAAGUUUACUACUAAAGUUUGGCAUCCAAAUAUCAGUAGCCAAACAGGAGCUAUCUGUCUUGAUAUCCUACAGAACAACUGGAGUCCAGCUCUAAACCUCAAAACUGCUCUGCUUUCCUUACAAGCUCUGUUAUCAGUCCCAGAACCCAAUGAUCCCCAAGAUGCUGUUGUUGCUCAACAGGCUCUCAAUGAUCAUGCUACAUUUGUUGCUACAGCUAAGCGUUGGACUGAGGAGUUUGCCAAGGGUUCAUCUGCUGGUUUCAAUGAGAAGGUUCAGAAGCUUGUUGAAAUGGGGUUCCCAGAAGCUUUAGUAAAGACAACAUUGCAAGCUGUAGGUGGUGAUGAAGACAUGGCACUAGAAAGGCUGGCUCCAAAAUAGAAGAACCAUCUACUUGCUAACUACCUGUUAAACCAGAUAAGCUCUUCUUUCUUUGUAUAGUUGGGGAUGGAUGAAUUGAAACUGGUUUAAUCAUUUUCAGUAAUUGGAAAUGUUGCUCUAUACAUACAUGAUACAUAUAUUGACCCUUAAACUUUGCCUCUACUACAUAUAUCACAAAAAAGAGUUGAAUUCUAUCAAGUGACAUGUGUGCUGGUUUACUACCUUUAUUUUGUAAAGGAUUAUAAAAUCUAUUUGUAUUCUUAGUAUUGACGCCACUAGAUAAUGCCCCUAUCCCUCCAAAACUUUAUAUAGCUAUUAUACCUAACUUUGUAAUAAAAAAUCGAUUUUAACAUACUUCAAAACUUUGUUUUUGUAGAUUCAAUAAAUUGAAUCUUGACCUGCACGACCAAAUUUAUAAUGCGCGCAAUACACCAUGUACGAAGAAAUGCAUUGGUUUAAAGUUGUGUUUUUAAUUUUACAACGACGUUGGUAUUAUUAGACGCA